GGAAAAGUCUUAUAAGAAGACGGCUUGAAACACGACAAAGCACAUUCAGUUCACAAGGUUAUUUAGUUCACAAGAAAAUAUCCUGAAGUUUAAAAAAUGAACAAGCUCUUUGUUGUCGUAUUCGUGGUCGCCAUUGGGGCAAGUUAUGGUUUUUUCUUGGACAAUGUAAGUAAUUUUUUGCUUGGUAUAGUAUUGCAGUGCUUCAGUGAAAUAUAUGGAAUUGGAAGUGUAUUUAAACUUUAAAUAUUUUACUGUAACUUUAACUAUCACUUUAAAUAUCGAUCUCUCAGAAAAUCAGAUUGAUUUUGUACAUGUGAUUUUAUAUUUUGGUUGGGUAAAAUUGAAAGAGCAAAAGGUUUUUCUGUAUUUCUGGUUGUCCGUGCAGAAAAGAUUGCUUCCAACUUUACCGCCUGCUACAGUGCUUCUGUAGAUCGAGAAUGGGGUAGGGGCGACUACCUGCACAUACUGACUGUGCUUGAAAGCUUAUGAAAGUAGAGUUAUCGUUGGUUCUCGCACCAAAAACAGUGCUCCAUGGGCAUGGGUCGUAUGAUGGCAGUAAGCCUUCGAUCUGUUUUACAGGUUUCUUUGUAAAAGUUCGUUCAAUAAUGAUUUACUACCAGAACAGUUGUAAUUGUUCUAAUUUCUUGUCUUUGCAGAUUCCCUUCUUGUGCAAGGUAGAUAAGGACUGUGGAGCACACAAGUGUUGUGUUUUUGGCAGAGUUUGUUUCCCGAAACUUGGUGCAAACAUGCCUUGCGGUGGCAGAGUAUCGGUGAGUAAGCCGCGCUGGAUAAAACUGGGUCUUAGAUAGGAUUUUAUAUUUUGGGAGUGUUUCUAUACUUCUGGCCCCCCUAUCAAUAAACCUUGCCGUUUAUUCACUUUUCACUCAAUGGCCUCGUUUUCGUGUCAAAUACUUAGGGCCUGUUCAUAUGGGCAAAAGUUAUCCCUGUUAACGAGAAAACUUUUCGACUAGCCAAAUACUUUUGUUCUGUUCAAAUGGAGAAACUUUAUCCCGCUUACCGGGUAAAGUUUUCGGCUGUGACGUAGCACUGAACAUCAAUUGAAUUGAAAAGUUGCUGACACGACAGAAAGUUAUCCCGCUAUAAAGCGGGAAAGUUGUGUUCAUAUGGGAAAACACUAUCCUGGUCACCAAGAUCUCGCCUGUCAGCAAGCGAGAUCUCGGUACACAGGAAACGUUUUGUCUCAUAUGAACGCAGUGUAACUUUUCAUAUUAUUUUCAUACCAAGGCAAUAUCUCGCUUGUGAACUUGUCGAAACGUUUUCUCGCUAACCGGAAUAACUUUUGUCCAUAUGAACAGGCCCUAACUCAUGUUUUGUGCUUGGUAGGGUUGAAAAUUACUUUGUUAUUGAGCUUAAGAACAGCAAGAAACAAAUUCGUCCAGAAAACAUGGGAAUAUAAUCUUUAUCUGUCCCUGACAUGCUAAAAUAAGUUAACAAGGAAACAAGGCCAUUGGUUAAAAGAGAACAAUGGGUAAGGUCUAUUACCCUGCCUGUACACUGAUAGAGCAAUCCAGUAUAAACUCGUGCCAGCGUAGAUAGUGACACUAACACCAGAAAGCUGUGGAUUGAAAAGGAUUCAACUUUUUAAAACCACCUAAAAAUACAUGUAAAACGUCGACGAAGGGCUUUCGCUCGAACCGUCGAAGUUUUGCUUGUCUUUUUCAGGUGGUUGAAUCCAUUUCAAACCGCAGCUUUCCAAUCCAAUAUAAAUACGUUUUAUCAUAUUUCUAUCUCUUUUUUUACAAGUCUUUGCACAAAUGUGGCUGCGACGAUGGUUUGGAAUGCCAAGUGACCCAGGUCAUUAAUGUUACUGUUGGAGGUAUUCACAAAGAGCUGAAGAUCCGACAAUGUAGGGCAGCUGAAGAGAAGGUUAUUCCUAGGAACGUUGAUUACGAAGCAGACGAACCCAGACAAAAACGCUUAUUCAGUGGUAUCAUCAGCGGUGGCAUUAAUACAUUGCUCAGAGUAAGUAUGGACGGUGGAGGAGGGGGGUGCGGGCUUCAAUGGCGCAGAGAAAGCGCCUUUCACCUUCGUUUCUCGUUACGGACUCAUGUGAAAAAAGCCUGUCAACACUCUGCCAAAAAUAGUGGAUUUUCUCCAAGCGCUCUGGUUUCCUCCCACAGGGAAAGUUGACAGGGUGGGUUAGGAUAAACGCAGUUAGAAAAGUAAUAUCACAAUUGUUGUAAAGAUAAAUGGUGAUCGCUAGAUAGUAUACUUCAAAAUAAGGUUUCCGUUUUUAUAACGUAGAAAAAACUAUCCUAACGCAAAACUAAACCCUAACCCUAAUACUAACCCUCACCCUAACCUCAACCUAACCCUAACCUAAACCCUAACCUAAUCCUAACUUAUUUUAAAAAUUGAUAUAAAAAUGGAAACCUUAUUUUGAAGUAUACUAUCUAGCAAUUGCCAAAGAUAAAUAGUCCAGGUUAAGUAGGUAACAUAAGUAAGCGUAAUAUUUGAUGUAAUCGGUUACUGAAAAGUUCCGAAGGGGAGUGAGCUGUAUAUUAAAGGUCGCCGGUUCGGGUCCUGUGCAGGGUUUACGGUAAAUUAACAUUAGUCUGACUUUAUUUUUAUUUCACAGAAAUGCAGCGAGGCAUCCGACUGCGGAGAUAAACGUUGCUGCGCCAGUUUGCCACUUCUCGGUCAAAGAUGUAUUCUACCCUUUCCUUUAGCAUUUCCAUGCCCCUUCAAUGUAAGUAUCACGCAGUGAGCUUAAUAUCGUUAUGUGCGUUUAAUAUUAUUACAAGACGGAAUUUAGGGAUCUUAACUAUUGCACACUUUGCUAUUGUGUCGAGUUGCCUCGCUCUUGGGUUGACACCAAUCUAAAUGAACAAGAUUUGUGAUCGGUUUAAUAAAGUAAACGAUACAUUUUCCAAAGAACGAAUGAUAAACACUGAUUGAAGCCGAUCACAUAACAUUUUCAUCCUAGACUGGUAUUUUCCUACCCUGGUAUAGUCUGCACUCAAGGGCAGAAUAGCCAAAAUUUAAAACCUCUGCACCUCAGAUGGUAUUACACCUGAGGUCAUUAUUAUACUUAUAUAAAAUCUAGAAAGAUUCUACCUUUUUGAGCUUCUCGCUGGCUAGAAUAUGCAGAGAAUGUUAGAGGUUAGUGUAAAUUUACAUACUUUUUCAGGGUCACUGCUGCGGAAAAGGUCUGGAAUGCCGAAGUGUUUUUACAGUGAGCAAUGGCAAUCCAGGAGGUCCUACCAAGAAACCCGUUGAUCUUAAAUUCUGCAGAAGAAUCUCCGACCCAGUGACACCACCCAUAGAGGUGGAUGAGGAAUAGAGAGUGAACCCAGGACAUCAAAAUAAGAGACGUGCUAGAACUUAUUAUGUAUUAGACAUGAUAGAGGAAUAAAGAGCAUUUAAAA